ACUACUGUCAAUUUCGGCAAAAUCAAGAACACGCUGCGCCACUACGGUACCAUUGUUUAUUUGGAAUUCUUAAAGAGUCGAUUAAAUUAAAUCAGAAUUUAUUAAAAUUCAUUACUUAUUAUUUAUUGGAUUCAAAAACGCUCAUCAAAAGUUUAAAAAAUGGCUAAAAAAGGUAAAAUCAAAAUAAGUAAAGUCAAGAGAAACAAUCACACCACUAACAAGAUGAGAAAACAAGGUCAACUCAAGCUCCAAAGGCAUAGAACAAAGGUGCAAAAACAGAACCAUCCCCAAUCUAAACCUCAAGCGGAUUACAGCAGCGAGAGUGAGUCGUCUAGCGAGGAGUGGGCUGAUAUGCUCGACGAGGGCGAGCAGCAGUACAUCUUGAACAGGCUUUCCAAACAGCCACAGCUUUUGUCUAACAUUCCAGAUACGGAAGAACAAAAAACCAAAUCCCGGAAAAGAGUAAAGGUUGAUAAAGAACGUCCAAUGAAAUUAAAACGGGUAAUGCCGAGUAGUGACAGUGGUGCUGAGACUGACGAGGAAUCAGGAAGUGAGCUGGAAGAGAAAUACGAACAAGAGCUAGCCGAAAGACCUGCCAAAAGAAUGAAAUCCUUACUCCCUAUCAAAACUAAAGAAGGAAUAACAGAAAGAACUGAAGAGUGUGAAGAUUCAGAAACGGAAUCAGAAAAACAUGAUGAAAUUAAACCAGAAGCUCCUUCAAAAGAAGAUCAUGAUGAGUCUAGCUCUGACUCAGGAUUGUUGGGUACUCCUGAAGAAUGUGACACACCUGAUAGGGAACCAGCAGAUGACAAUGUUAUCAGUGCUGUAGAUCUAAUGGUGGCUAGAAAAGAGAAACUAAACAAUGAUAAAUUAAGAAUCGGUGCCUUGUGCUCAUCUUUGCUCGAGAGUCCAGAGAAAAAGUUAAAAAAUUUCUUUCCUAUCCUGUAUCUAAUGGAGGAGAGACUGAAGGAUGGUUCAUUAAACCUGCACUCUGUACGGAAACUGGCAACGUUAUCAGCGUAUGAAGUGUUUAAAGACAUCCUCCCGGAAUACCAGAUAAGACAUCAGGAUUAUUCAAAUGUUAAAUUAAAGAAAGACACUCUCGCUUUGUACAAAUACGAGAAAGAGUUGUUGGAGAUGUAUAAGAGGUACCUGCAGAGACUGGAGAAGGCGGCUGCGGUGCUCAGGAGGAAGAAGGGGGACACGAGGAAACCGGAGGCGUGGUCCCGGGAGCUAGGCGUGCUGUCGGUGCGCUGCCUGUGCGGGAUGCUGGACGCUCGGCCCGGGUUCAACUACUCCUCCAACAUCGCGCAGACCCUGGUGCCUUUCCUGGACUGCGCCGACCCGCAGGCUCGCGGCCUCGUCACCGACUGCUGCGCCAACGUGUUCGCUCACGACAACAAAGGAGAGAUCACCCUCGUCAUAGUCAGGCUGAUCAACCAGCUGGUGAAGAGGAGGGGCGAGCGGCUGCACCCCUCAGCGCUGGACUGUCUCCUCUCGUUGAAGAUAAAGGACGUCGAUAUAGACGCCGAAGCUGACAUCAAAUUCAAGAAGAAACAAGACGAGAAACACAAGAAAAGGAUCGUUAACCUUUCUAAGAAGGAGAAGAAGCGAGCCAAAAAGCUAAAGGAGGUGGAGAAGGAGCUGCUGGAGACUCAGGCCCAGGAGGACGAGGCGGCGCGGAAGCGGCAACUGACGGAGGUCGUGAAGACGGUCUUCCACAUCUACUUCCGACUGCUGAAGAGUGCGCCCUCCUCCAAGCUCCUCGUGGCCGCGCUCGACGGCAUCUCCAAGUUCGGGCACGUGAUCAACCUGGAGCUGUACUCGGACCUGGUGCGCGUGUUGUGCGCGCUGCUGGGGGCGGAGUCCCCCCGGGGCGCGGGGCUGCGGGCGGCGCGCUGCGGGCUGGGCGUGCUGGCGGCGGCGGGCGACGCGCUGGCGCUGGACCCGGCGCGCUUCCACGCCUACCUCUACGCCAACAUGCUGUACGCGCACGCAGGCGGCACGCAGGACUCCGCCCCCGUGGUGCUGGGGGCGGCGGCGCAGGUGUGCGGGCGCGCGCGGCUGGUGCCGGGCGCCGUGCUGCAGGCGCUGGGCAAGCGGCUGGGCACCCUGGCGCUGCAGCUGCCGCCCGCCGGAGCCCUGGCCGCGCUGGCGCUGCUGCACCGCCUGGCCACCCAAAGCAAGGCGGUGUCGGCGCUGCUGGUGCGCGAGGACGAGCCGGGGGGCGCGGGCCGGUUCGACCCCUUGCUGCCCUCCCCCGAGCACUGCCACGCCGACACCACGCACCUGUACGAGCUGGCGGCGCUGCGCCGGCACCACCACCCCGCCGUGCGCCGCGCCGCCGCCCGCCUGCCCCGCGGGGACCUGCCCGACGACCUCGCCAAGAUGUCCACAGAUCAGAUCCUGGAAGCGUACGACUGCUCACAAAUGGCCUUCAAGCCGGCGGUGCCGCCGCCCGGUCACGUGCAGACGCCACGCAAGAGGACGCCGGGUCACGCGUGGACGCAGCCCUCACUCAAGGAAUAUUGUUUGAACAUAGAAAAGAAUAUUGAAAUGUCGAUCAAAUUAUGAUGCUGGAUUAAAUCAAUGAAUCUUUA